UAAACAGAGUGAGCAUACGACAAGACUUGUAGCUUCCUGUUUGUGUAUUUAAAGAACCGAGACAUGACACAAAUCUCCAAAAGAAGAACCUCCAGUGCCAGUUCAGAAUAAUGCAACGCAGACAUCAAAUUUAAGAUGAUGAGUCUGGCAUGGAGCAGCUUUUCCUCUAGUCCUCAGCAUUUCAGUAUAUUCUGUAAUUAUUCUUGAAUGACAUUGUCAACUACCUCAAACUAAAGAAAUGGCCACUGCUAGACAUCGGUCUUCAUGCUUCGUUCUGCGGAUUCUCCUUCUUGUUGUUUAUUUCAAUCUUUUACUUCCUUACGUGCUGAAAAAAUGCACAAUACGUUACCAGGAGAAUCCCUCUGCUGAUAUGGCUUUGGACUGUGCAAACAGGAAAAUCGAAAAAAUCCCCAAAGACAUCCCCACAGAUGCAGUUUCACUGAACCUGAACAACAACUGGAUGCAGAAAAUUAAUGAAGGAGAUUUUUCUGGCAUGUCAAAGUUGAGAACUCUGGAUUUAACAUCAAAUCAAAUUGCUCAUGUUGAUCAAGGGUCUUUUAUUGAUCUGAUGUUUCUACAAACUCUCUGCAUGGGAAAUAACAAACUUAAUGUCCUGACAAGCAACAUGUUUCAGGGUCUGCACAACCUUACUGUUCUUUUUCUCAACAACAACGGUAUUCAGGUCAUUCAUACAAGAGCUUUCCAGUUCCUCACUAGCUUACAAACUCUAGAUUUAGGAAACAACAGGCUUCGACAGAUCACCGACAUUCAGCCUGUCCUACAGUUACCUCAAAUCACGAUGCUUGGACUUAAAUGCAAUGGGUUUUCUUCCUUUGAGACCAAAGACCUGCUGCUGAAUCAGCCGUCAAAUCUUAAAGAGUUGGAUAUUUCCGGUGAUUCCCUGACAAUUUUCAGCAUCUCUACACCCGUCUUUCCUUACCUCCAGAAAAUAGAGAUCUCCAUGUGUUUUUGUUAUAAAGACCUGCAAUGGGAAAUCCCUGACAAAGAGUUACUGAGGAACAUAUCGUUUUUAUAUCUCGGGAGGUCUAUUCUUUCUUUCGAAGGGAUCACAAAAGUCCUGGAGAGUCUUGACUCUUUAAGCCAUCUAAGACUAGAAGCCCUGAAGAUGCAUCUUUACGAAGGACUAUUAUCUACAAUUUGCAAAAUACCAACACUGAGGAGGCUGGAUUUGUUUAACAGUCAUAUCAACAAUUUGCCAAUUAAACUUGAAGUCUGUUCUCAACUCACAGAGCUUGACAUGAGAAAAAGUGAUGUAGACGAACUGCCUGAAGGGUCACUGGGGUCAAUGAAGCAUCUCCGAUCGCUAAACGUUUGUGACAAUCAGCUAACCCAAGUUCCACAUGAUGCGAGAAGUUUCAGCUCCCUUGAGAUCUUUAAUCUGAAUUACAAUUACAUAUUAGAGUUGACCUGUGAGGACUUUGUGAACACAACACAACUGAGAGAGCUUUACCUGAAGAGAAAUCGCAUUAGCCAAGUGGAUUACUGUGUUUUUCUAAACCUUGAAAACCUAAAGCUUUUGGAUCUGAGUUCUAAUCAACUGAUGACAUUUGAAAACAACAUUUUUUUGCCAAAGCUUGAAAUUUUAAACAUAAACCACAAUGAAAUAGUUUUCCUAAAGAUGCUUGAUUUUCUUGGUUUCCAAUCCCUGAAACAGUUGGAGCUAGGAACAGUUUUCUUUGAUGGGAUGACACAAAGAUCAUUUCAUAAAGUCAAUAAACUGGACAAUAUUAUUUCAUCUCGAGACAAAAUAUGGAAAUUAAAGCUCUUGGAAAAUCUAACAGUAGAAUUGAACCCUCAAAACCAUCUCAGCAGUCUUCAAACAAACUAUUCUAGAGAUAUCAUGGUCUUUAAAUCAAUGAAAAGAUACACAGUAAUCUGCAACAUUUUUUGCUUUCCAUAUCAAUUAGCAGAUAUACUCUCGUCUAUGGGAUAUUUGGAGAAUUUUACAGCUGUCAAAAUCUUUACUGGAGCUCCUCCUUUAGGCAUGUUUUGGUCCAAUCCCUAUCUCAAGAGUGUAACUUUCACAGAGACUGAUUUUUCAGACGUGGGUCCAGAACUCUUCCUUCCGAUCCCAAACCUGCACAGUCUUGAGCUUUCCAAAUGCAACAUCAGCUCUUUGGAUUUUCUGGUGAAGGCCAACCUUUCAGCACUCAGAUACCUGAAACUGACCGACAAUGAACUUGAUAUGAUUAAUGACACUGUGUUCAAGUCUUUCCCCUCUCUAACGUACUUGGACCUGGACAACAACCCCUUCACCUGUAACUGCUCAAAUGCAGGCUUUAUCCAAUGGGUGAAGGACAACAAGAAGACACAGGUGGUAAAUGCUCAUCAAUAUAAAUGUUCCACACCUGUGGAUAAACGAGAAAGUUUGUUACUGGAAUUUGACGUUCAUUUGUGCUGGGAUGAUGGCAGAUUUUUCUACUUCAUUUCCAGCUCUUGUCUGGUUGUUCUGACUCUUCUCACAUCGUUCAUCUAUAACUUCCUGUGGUGGCAUCUCACCUACACCUUCCACCUCUUCCUAGCCUAUUUCUAUGACAAUCAGAGAAGGAGAAAGGAAGUCCUUCAUCGGUUUGACGCCUUUGUGUCCUAUAACGUCCAUGAUGAGGGCUGGGUUUACAGGGAAAUGCUCCCAGUGUUGGAGGGACAGCAGGGCUGGAGACUCUGUCUGCACCACAGAGACUUCCAACCAGGUAAACCCAUCAUAGAGAACAUCACUGAUGCCAUCUAUGGCAGCAGGAAAACCAUCUGUGUGAUCAGCCGCAGCUACCUGCAGAGCGAGUGGUGCUCCAGAGAGAUCCAGAUGGCCAGCUUUCGCCUGUUUGAUGAGAAGAAGGAUGUGUUGGUCCUGUUGUUUUUAGAAAACAUUCCUGCUCGUCAUCUGUCUCCAUAUUACCGCAUGAGGAAGCUGGUGAAGAAACGCACCUACCUGAGCUGGCCUCAGGCUGCACAACAUCCAGAAGUUUUCUGGCAGAACGUCCAGAGAGCUCUGCAGACAGGGGGCGCUCUCACUGAAAACGCGGACCCGCUGACCUGAGAAAAUGUGAAGAGUUGUGAGAUCACGGUUGAAAUUAACCAUUCAUUAACUCUAUUUCAAGGUGUUAAAAUGGCAAUGCGAUGCAAAAUGAAUUUUUCAUGCUUCACAUCAUUUUAUGUAAUCAAAAACAAACCUGGAGUUUUGUCUUGAUUCUUUUAUGCAUGCGUAGAAAUCCUUUAAUCUCCAUGGCAACCAUUCAGUCGUGCAAAACGCCUGGGUGGACCUAGCUCCGCCCUCAGGGUGCAGCUCCUCCUUGGAGCUUCUCGCGACUCUCCCACUCGGCUCCUUCAUGCUUCUUUUUGUUAUUCACUAAUUAGUGCACACAGAACAAACAUUGGUGUGUGCAAAAUAACUGGAUAAGAGAACGAAUAACAGCAACAAAAAUAAACAAAACAAAAAGGACUUAUGCAUUAAGAUGGAUACAGCUCCUUCAGACUAGCCAGCAGCUUUCUGACUGGUCUAAUGGAGAAACAGUGUCGCUGAUGGUUUGGCAUAAAUGUAAAUAAAUGUCCAACCCACAAGACUAUCCUUCAAACACACAUUCAUGGAACUGCCAUAGCAUUACUUAGUUAAGAAAGAGCUUGCGAGACAAAGUUGUUAGAUUUGCAAAUAAAGAUUUUUCUUCAUGUGUGAUUAUGAAGCAUUACUUUGCACUGCCAUUGUGAAAAACCUGCAGGCGCUGUCUUCCAAUGUGCAACAAGUUGCUGCUCAUUAAGCAGCAUACUGUAGUUCAGUUUUUUCAGAUGCAAAGAGUAGUUGAGUUUUGCCGUCAGAGGAACUGAAAGCUGUUACUUGUCGCCUCGUUUAUGACUCAGUUUCUUGCAGACAGAAUUAGACUGCAAUGCAUCUGUGCAAACUGGAGGUCACACAUCUCAUCAGCUUUCUGCGAUGUUCCGCUUUCUGAUUGUGAGGAGGAUUUCUACUGAAGUUAAACCCAUUAAAUUUAAGAGACAAAAGCAGCUCAGACUCAACCUGCCGCUACACCUGGAAAAAAUGGCAGUUUUUUUUCUCAUGCAAACACUGUAAAUCUUUGAAACUUUAGAGCACUAUUGUGUUGACAUGUGAAAGAACAACUUUUUAAUUGUUUUAUUUUCUGUGCCAUCUGUUCAGUUAUAUCUAGUGGUUUUUUUCAAUGUCUUGUUCCCAUUAUGUAAUUUUAGCCUUUGUCUUAUUUUACUACUUUAUUCUUUUGUUUAAAAUAAAAUCUUAAAUUUUCUGUUUUCAA